GACAUUUCGGAGCUCAUUUGCAUAGCACAUGGCGGCGUCCUUGGGUUUGUGGGAGGUCCGUCCUGCACCCAUUCAAUGUUUAUAUUUACAAUUGAAGAACGAAUGCUAAACGAAUCUGUUGAUAUUUUUAGUUUUCGUAGCAGGCCCAGAAGUAGAAUAAUCAGGUAAAGAAGCCAGCAGUAUGUCUGAUGAGCCAAUGCCAAAGAGGAUCCGCAUCGAUACAGAGGAGCUCAGCUCUCUUCCUAAAGAAGACCUCAUAGACAAACUUCGUGAACAGGAAUAUUAUGUUCGAUACUUAGAGAAGUCACGGCCUCGGUCAGCAAAUGGAGGUGAAGAUGACGAUGGCCGUAGCUCAGAAGAAAAAUUAAAGCAGCAAAAUAUGGAAGCUGCAAGACGAGAAAAUACUUUGGUGCUUCGUCUAACAAAUAAGGAACAGGAGCUACAAGACUGUUUGAACCAGAUCUCGGAGAUGAAGCAAGCGCAGACACAGAGCACAGCCCAGCUUCGAUCCAUGCUUCUAGAUCCAGCUCUGAAUCUUGUGUUCCAGAGGAUGGCAAAAGAAGUCGAUGAGUCCAAAGAAAAACUGAAGCAAACACAAAAUGAACUGAGCGCUUGGAAGUUCACGCCAGACAGUCAAACAGGCAAGCGACUUAUGGCCAGGUGUCGCAUGUUGCUACAGGAAAAUGAGGGGUUAGGCAAGAUGAUAGCCUCAGGAAGGACCGCCAAGUUAGAGGGGGAAAUAGCACUACAGAAAACUCUAGUUACAGAAAUGAAGAAAAAUCAAGAAGAGUUGGACGAGUUUGUGGGAGACCUCGAGGAAGAUGUGGAGGGCAUGCAGAGUUUGAUAUAUGAACUACAGACACAGCUAAAAGAGACUAAGGAGCAAGCAGCAAAACUACAGACAGAGAAUGAGCAGCUGAGGACUAUAAGCAGCACACAGCAGCUCAAGGAGCCCCCUCCUCCAGCUGCUAAUGGGGGUAAGCAGGUACUUAAUCAUACACCAGUCAGUCCCAAACCAGAGACUACCCAGCCUGGGGACAAUGAUCCCAGCCCUGCUAAACAAGAGACUACAGAUGUAACUGAGGUAAGGUCUCAGUCUCCAUCAUUAGGCAAAGACCUGACCAAUCACACAUGUCCAGAGAGUUCCCACGAUGAAGUGGAGGCCAUGGACACAGACUCUGCACAGAUCAACUGUAGUGACAGUGUGGGUGGUAAGGACACCGUGGAGGACGAGGAAGAAGAGGAGGAGAUGGGCUGUGAUUCUGGGGAGGCAAAAUGGGCCAGCACUGAAAGAACUACACAAGCUAAUAGCCACGGUGUCAAUUCUGGUGUUCUGUCAGCAGAUAGCACUAGCUGUCCCGACCACACGGACCCUACGUCUAACGAGGCCUGGAGUCCUCCUCCUCCUCCGGUGACGACGACGAACUCCAAGACAGAGGAGGACAAUGGUGCUGAAGACUCGUUAAGUUUGCCCGACAAGACGGCAGUGACCUCACAUGGCGACAGUGACGCUCCUCUGGUCGCCACGGAGAUGAAACCUGUGAGAAAUGGUGUGGAGCAAGUGACUCGACUGGAGACGGGGGAGGACGUAGAUGAGGUCUAAUCACACCGCUCAUUCAACAAUUCAACAGUCAUCUGCUUGUUUACUCUGUAUGCGUGCUGCAAACUCGGAUCGUCAUUGCACGAGAGGUGCUGGUCUCAUUGAAGGAUUUUUAUGGGAUUUCAAUAUUUAGGAAUCGAGGAAGCUUCCAAAAUGAAGCGCAAUUCUUUUCCAUUCAGUUUCAUAUUCAAUGGGGUAGCCCAGUGGUUCAAGUGUAAGCUCAUCAUGCUGAAGGCCCUGGUUCAAUUCCUUAGAUGUUCAGUAUGUGAAGCUCAUUUUGAAUAUCCAGCUGGAAUCAUUUUCAAAGUGGCAAAAAACCAAGCUAACUCACUCAAUCAGUGAUGUCUAGUAACAUUUGAGACUUCGUAAGUUUAAUAGAAGUUAAGUCUUUCAAAGGCAGUGUGUCUGAAAAUUCAUAGUAAAUUUUCUUCCAUAUCACAGACAUGCUGUGAAGAUGUGAGAUAUUGGAUUUUCAGUGUACAAAUGUUAAUUUUACAGUGAAAUGGUAACGAGAACAGAAAUUAUGGAAUCGGUAUACAGUGGUGAGAAUCCUCCGCGGAUCCUCAAAUUUUAGUACCGGUUACCACAAAUUUGUUAAAAUCUGAUUGCUUCCUCAAAAAAACAUCCCGAAUUUAUGAACCGCGCUCUAUUGAAAAUAAGUUUCAGCUGAAAAGGAAAAUAUCCAUUCUCAUCCUUGGGCAUACACUUUUUACAUCUAGCUAAUCAUGCUUCCAUUACUCAACAUCCAAACAUGUGUGAGAAUGAAGUCUUCAUUAUUUUCAUCAUCUGGUAAAUGAACGGUUAUCGGACAAACCACCUACACAUCCCAUUUCAUCAAGGUCAUUACAACAGACUGAAAUCACCCGAGUUUGUAGCAUGCAACAGUUGUGUGUUUUGUGUCAUCCUCAUUCAAUAUAACAAUCCGUCUAUGAAUUCCAGAUAUUCAGGAAGACAUGAGAAUUCAUUCUGGUUUUUGUACAUUUUGUUUACAUUACUCCUCUAUAUGUUGUUGACUAGAGAAGGCGGGGUGAUCACCGAGCAGGAACCGCAGUACACACCUUCCUUUGGGAUAUAUCAGGGGCGUAAGAAUCAGGAACUGGCUGUUACCAUGGUUAUUGUAAUGUUUUCUACUGUUGGGAUGAGUUUGAUAGUAAAUAGUUGAUUGGUUGAGUACUGUACAUUGUUCUUUGGUGACCAAACAUCAGUUUAACAAAGCUUGUUAAAGUUUUGUGGCUGAAACAUCAAUUGGUACUUUCUACAUCAGAAGGUCUGCUGUUCCAGUUUGCUCAAAGUUGUUAAAAGAACAAUUAACUAACAAGAAACACUGUUUGUGUUUCCCCCUAUUGGGGGUAAUAUGUCCUGAGAUUUUAUUUAGAUGCUUACACAAUAUAUGUUUUAAUCAGUUUUCAGUGUUUAGUAGUUGUCAUCCCCACAUGGGUUGUGUUUUAAUGCAAUAACGACUUUGAUCCUUCUGGUGACUGUAAAGAUAAGCUGUUCUGUGAAUUUUGCCAAGAGCACAUGUAAAACUCACUCGCACACUCUUGUAUUAGAGGACUUGCAGGAGCGAUGGUCUGCUGGGACUGUAAGUGCCAACAUGGGAAUGAUUUUCCUUUCCUUUUGCCAGAAAACUGAAAAAAUACCCUGAGUUUUAUGUUUUUUAUGCUUAAACAAUAGCAAACAAACAGUAUUACAAAAUCCGAAAUCAGGAUUUGAACAUGGAUCCCCAAACCUUAGAAACAAACUUAUGAUAGCUGAAUAUAUUUAAAGAUUAUCUCCCUUUACCUGCAGGUUCAAUGUUCAAGACAUUCAAGGUUACUUUGACAAAUAAGUUGUUUUAAGGCGUUCUGGGUCUCAGAUAUGAAAAUAUGUCUCCAUUAAAAGAUGUUAAAUUGAAGAAAUGAUUUUCUGUAUUGAAAAGCUAUAUUUCGAGUUUCAGCAAUGUAUGUCAGCCAGCAGUGUUCAUUCGUCCAGUAUUACUAGCGACUGUCAAAAUGUUUCUAGUGACAGUCAAACGUCAUUGUUGCUGUCAGAUAUUGAGGACUUGUAGAAUAUGAACAGUAUGAGAGCUGGGGUAAAUCUUUUAUAAUCAGAGGUGUAUCAACAGUCUUAUGUGUAAUGUACAUGCAUAAAAAGUGUAGUAACUGUUUUUGUCAGUAUGACAUUCCUUAUGAAAACCAGGUUGAAAGCAACUCCUUCUCAUAUAUGUGUUUAAUUGUCAUCUAUACCAUCGAAGAAUGUGACUGAAGACAGACAAGUCACGCCAUCCCGCAGGGAGGCUAUUGAUUUGACCUACAUCAGUGACACAGGCUGAACAAGAUGUGAUUUAUGAUGCUGUGGACGUACCCAGUUAUCAAGCAACUGAUAAGAUUAAGUCAACCUCGUAUACUUAUAUACAGGGACUAUGAAUUGUGGAGUGUAUAGUUGUGGGAUUGGAGAGGGAAGGGAAGGGGUGGGGUCUUAUCACCUAGAUGUGUCUGGACGUGCUGUCUUUGCACUUCUAAUAGAAUAACAUUUGGGACAGUCGCAUUCCUAUCCCGAUUUAUUGCUGAUGUUUUACUAUGGGUGUUUCUUAUUGGGACUUCUAAACAGGUGUUUGAAUGACUUUGAAUUUCAGGUGUGUCUCCGGUUUUUUAAUUCCAUUUGAGCAUGGAUCCAGAUUAUGUCGAUUUUAUCUAUUGGUAUUGUUUUGCAAAAUGGGGUUUAAUAAACAAAUUAUUAGAAUAUUAAAUCUGAAAAAAUCACCCUAAUUAUGAGGUUAUAGGUUUGAUUAAAAUGUAAAAUAAUUAUGUUGAACAGGAUGGGUUUGUUUGCCAAUAUUUCUCUAACACUACAUGUAGGAGGGUGGAUUUUUGAACAUUUCCAGUCUGUCAUUGUGCUGUGGGACUUGACAAAGUUGCAGAACUUGUCUCACUACUGCGGUGUGACUGUCACAGGACGUGACGCAUGACUGCUUGCCACCUGUGCAGCAAACAGUGUCAUCAGCCAGGCUAUUACAGCCCAGCGGUCACACUCUGUUGACCACGGGACACUCAGAACAAAAGGACAUCCAACACAGGGUUGGCUUCACCCUGGGACACCUGUUGCUUCAGAUGGUUUGGGGAGCCAGUUGAAACUGCAUGUCACUGUAGGGUUUUUCACUGCUGUGAAAGUAGGUCAGCUGUUUAACAUGCCACACAUGAAUGUGUAGGUUGUAUGAUUGUCAUGUGAAGGUCACGGUGCUUGAAAUACGGAUUUCAAUGAGACCUGUUCCUGCUUUGUAGAUGGUACUAAAUCAAGGUGUGACUUGACAUUCAAGAGCCAUGUGAUUCAGUACGUAUGUGUACAGCAGCGAGGUGACUUUCACAGGGAGAUGGUAGAAUAAUGGCUCACUUUGUUAGAUAAACAUGCCAGGCCUGAAUAUGCAGUGAUGUGUCGGCCCUAAUGCGAGAAGGCUAUGGUCUCGGUGAGAUGUUUGACUUACAAGCCUUGUUCAUGGUUCAGGAGGUAUUCAUGUCACUAUUCUAGUUCUCCCUACCUUGCAAUUUUCCUGGAUCAUUUGUCGCUAUAUAAGUGCAAUAAUCUUGGAUGCGACGUUAAACCCCAUUUCACCUCACCUCCUGGAUCAUUUAUCUCAAAAGUUUUGAAAUAAUUUUCAUUGAUGGUGAAUGAAAGUGUAGAAACCUUUAACUGGAAUGUUGACAGUUAUGUCUGCUUCUCUUGAAUUUGACUGUUGAUUUUCAAAUUAGAUUAAAAGUAAUAAUAUUGAGAGCUGGUGAUAGGACAGAUGCAUAAAAACACACACACAGCAGAGUCGGAAUACUCUCUUUAUUUCAAGUAAACAUUAGGAUCCGUGUCACUGAAAAAUCCCUUGUUUCACAAACAUUUGCUGGAUAACUGCCCAACAAAUUUUAAGAAUUUCUAUACUACACCCCACCGAAUAUUAAUCGUAGUAAUGUCUGUUUAUUCAUUCUGUUAAAGUUGGACAAAGUAAACAACAAACUUUUAAAAUUUUCAUAUGGCCACUCAGACCAUUGAUAUUACUGGACCUGGUUGAUGUUUACUAGUAUUUGUCCAGUGGACCAGUGUAUUUGUCAAACAGGGUUGAAUUUUAAGGGCGACAUGGAAUGCAAUAUCAUAAAAAUCAGCCAUGCAUUCUGUUAGCACAUUGUAGUUCACUGUCUGAAUAGCAAGCAGUUUGAUAAAAACAAGUAGCAUUUCUGAAAAGCGAACAAUUCGACACAGAACCAAUUAGCAUUUCAGGACAACAAUGUCUGCAGAUCCACUUGCUGCUCAGAUAAAUUGGCUGCACCUUUGUACGUGGAUGUCAGUACAACAUCCAUGCAUGUGGGUGUUGACAGAGGAGCAUGAGUAAUGGUGGCUUGACAAGGAGGUGCUACACAGAAACAGACACAAACUACCUGCUCCAUAUUCACGCCUCACGGGACCUGUCGCCCACGGUUACAGCACUUCAUCAUGGGAGGAUGGAGUGCACAGUCCCGAUAGGGUUACCACACAGGGUCAAAUGUACCAUGUUUAUGUGUAAACAGUCGGCCUGUUCAGACCAUGGUCACAGUAAGGUGACUGGUUUAGUUUUUAUGUUUUUCAUUUUUUAUUACAAUGCUUGUACAUGUAAUGAUGUUAGAGGAAUAUUUGCAGAUAGGUAAUUUUUAAUAAGAUGAUUUUGAAAACAAAAUGAGAAAUUGUGUGGGAGAUAUGUACUGAAAAGACUUUAAUUGAUAGUACUACAUGGUAGAAUCUCAUUUCCAUUCUAGAACUAGAAGUUCAAGGUUUUCCCACGCUUGAAAAGAACUAAAACUGGCAGUCUGGACUUGAAAUAGCUUUUAAUUCAAAUCUGCCUUGAAAAGGCCUUUACGCAUUAUUAAAUUCGAUCAAAUCCUACUUGAAUAUUGCUUUUCAUGCAAUGAGAUGUUAAAAUCUAUGUGGGGUUUUCUAUUUAUUCUUUCAACAAUUUGUGUCCAGUUUAGAAUUUGCUUUUAGCUGUAAUUAGAGGAAUUGAGAUUUUAAUUUCUCAAGUGUUCAGAAUAUAUUUGUGUUAGAAAACCUGACUAUUUCAUCAUGUGGUUUGUUUGUUACAAUUCGCUCUGAAAUCACUGAAUGAUUUGAGCCAGAUAUGUUUCAUGAGUUUGGAGAACCAUGAAAUCAGUUGUAAAAAUCAAAUUGUGAAUGAGACGUGAUAGUUAAUUUGAAAUAUGUUGUCAGUAUUAUAUUUCAAACAAACGUUUUGAAAGAUCUGUAAAUAUUUGAAAGUAAUUAAAUGCCAGUUAUGUUCAUGUACCCGGGAAAAUAUGUACAUCACUAACUCACACAAAGCCUGUCCAGUACCUUGCAAGUGAAAAUGUGCUCCCUUUGAGAUCCUAUGUACCUCCUAGGGUUAGCAGAAAUAUACUGUGAUAUAAGAGUUGUUGCUUCGUAGGUCUUGUAGUUUCAGAGGUGAUGUCAAAAACUGGACAGAGAACAUGCUGUGACACAAAAUCUUUUUUAAGUCAAGUCAAAGUCAUGUGAGCUAAAAAAUGAAUUUUAAACAAACUGAUCAGGCAUACUCACUUUGUAUUCAAAAUGUACAAUUAAAAGCAGAUGUCUUCCAUAAAAAAAAGUUUCAUUCCGAUAGGUAUCUACAACUUGCAGAUGUAACCAACCAACAACUGUUCAAUUACCUUCACAGCAAUACAGUUAUCACAUUGUGAACUGCCUUUUCCCUUGAGUUCAUAGAGUAGUUAUCAGCAGAUGUAAUAAUACCCCUUUUGGUAGUGUGGAACGCACUGUCAGUAUUGAAACAAUAUGGGUAGGUAGGGAAGGGUAUCAGUAUCGGGGUGCAUUUUCGUUGGGGUUGGGGUAGCAUUGGGGUCAGGUGACAGGUAGCAUAUUACCUGUGCAGGUGUCUGCUCGGUGAUGUUUUAAAUCUCAUCUUGUUGUAUGUCUCCUGUUCGCUCGUGUGGAAUAAAAUCAUGUAUAAAACAA